AUGCAGACACGAAACAGCUACUGCUUCGAGUACUUAGUGACGAAGGCAAAAAUGCCUCGUCAGCGCACCUGUUGCCCCUUCAUGCAGCGCACGCUGUACCGAGUGGCGCGAAACCUGGCACGUCUUGAUUUGGGCUUCUCCUGUCCCGACCUGGAGGGUAGCUCGAGUCCCACCUCCACUGCCACACCUACGCCUACAAUGAAGCGAAAGGCUUCGCCUCGAAAGCAGCGGCACCAUGGUAGGGAGCGGCGACUGGAGGAGAUCAGACCCAGCUCAGGUGGUGUUCUCAACUGGCUGGUUCGUGGCACUCUGAGUCGUCGAGAUCCUUCAGAUACCCUCUCUUCUGCACCACCCAUGCCUCGCAGUGAUAUCGACAACGAGACCCUAAACGAACAAGGCGACCCAGCACUGCUAGAAAUGGAGGAAGAGACGACGAAUGGAGAGGCAGCUGAUCACCUCCUUCUGAAACAGAAAAGGAAGCUGCUUCGAAGGCAAAAGAUCUACGACAUGGACUCCUCUAUGGAUGUGACCACGUCUGGGCGUGUCAGUUCAACCUCACAAGUGGGGCAGAACUCGAUGGACCAGGCUUAUGCACCGCCUUCUCAGGCGCCACAGGCCACGAAGCACCACGCACCAGCUCCUCUGAGAAUCACUCCAGAGAUUGAUGACUGGGAGAGAGAGGUAAAGGGAGAGGCGGGACGAUCCCACGAUCAAAUUGACCCCAGCAUUCCCUUACCAGUGUCCACCACCACCGCUACCGCCAAUACCGUCUCCACCUCCAUCGCUCCCACCGUCAUACCCCCUUUCUCAGUGAGGGAACCAGUGGAGAAACAAGUGCGCAGUUGGCUAGAGAGCACUUCGGACGAAUAUGACAUCCUCCUUAAACGGUCAGUCCUCUAUCCUCUCAACUUUGCAUUUCGCAUCUGGAGUUAG